CCGCCCGCUCCGCCUCCCCGUACCCCCAAAGCCCCAGGCACCCAGUGUUCCUCGCUCCCCAUGGCGGCGCCGGAGCCGGAGGCCAGGCCGGAAGCCGGAACCCCAUCGCCAUCCCGCGAGCCGCCGCCGGAGACCGAACCCGACGCCCCUGCCCCGGCCGGUAUCCAGGAGCUGCAGCCGUGGGAGCAGCACGCCGCGGUGAUCAAUCUCCCGCGCUACAACUACCGCGCGUCGGGGUCCCUCCUCCUCCGCUCCCACUCUGGCUUCCUCAUCACCUGCCCCAUCAAGCGUGAAAAAAGUGCAACCAAGGAAGCCAUUUCCAUUCUCGAAGAGUACAUUGGUCAUGCAAAGUGCCAUGUUUCCGAACAAGCAGAACCGUGUGAUGUGGAAAAUGCAGUAAAGAAAAGAAAAUUUUGCUCACUGGCAUCAGAAAAUUCAGAAGAAGCAGUAACAGAUGAGAAUAGUAAUAGUGCUCCAGAAUCAACUGGAAGCAUUGGAGAUUCAAGUUCACCUCAGAACAAGACGAGUGAAAAUGUUGACAGGGCUUCAAAUCUCUCACUGGUUAAGCUAUCAAGAAGCGGUUUGCUCUUCUUUAAAUUCCCUAGUGGAGGCCUUCAUGUUGUUGAAAUGCUUACAGAAAUAUUUCAUUCUCUCAAAUCUGGGAAACUCAAAUCUCCACAAUGGUGUCACCGCAUAUUUCCUGUUCAGGAAACUUGUGUUCUAUCAGAAAAAGACCUACAUGCGACUGUGUCAAAGUUAUUCCUUGAGUUCUCGAGGAGCAAGAAUAACAAGGAUGAGCCUAUAAAGUUUGCAGUUGCAUAUAAUAGAAGGGGCAUCGAUGAGACAGAGAUGAAGCCACAGAAGAACAGUAACGAAGGUUCAAGUCAGCAGGCUUUGAUGGACAGGGAUCAAUGUUUUAAAGUGGUUGCUGCUGCUGUCAAAUCGGUUGCUGAGAAUUCAGUGGUCGAUCUUAAAUCUCCUGAGGUUGCAGUACUCAUUGAGAUGCUCCCCGUUUCUGGGGUACCCCUUGGAUCUUCGGUGGCUGGGGUUUCUGUUCUCCCAGCCGAACUCAUCUCCACCAAGCCUCGCCUUUGUGUCAAGUCUUUGGCGUCUGAUGCAAAAGCAACAAAGAAGAAGUGAAAACACACUGUUCAUGACACCAGCCAGAGUAGCUGUAAUGGGCAACUGCGGAUUCAAUUUUUUUUCACCUGUUCAUUACUACCAGAGUACCAUGGUCUUAAACCUUGUUUUGGAUUUUGGUCAAGAGGAGCGACCAUAAUCAAGGCUAGUUUUUAACAACAUAGAAGACACCGGUAUGGUGGCAUGAUGCCUUGGCAUUGUAUUGUAUCAUCCAUAGGCCCCACAAACAGUCGUUUGUCUGCCUUUGGGGAGGUCAAAUUGUGUAUGGUAGCAGCACAGCGGAGUUCACCCAGUUCUUGGAAGCUAGCUUCUUGUCGUUUUUAUCAGCGUGCUUAAAUGUCAAAA